CCACUCUUCGAAUUUAUUUUUUUCCCUUGUUGAAUUCGUCUUGGAAUUUGAGGAUUUGGGUCUUUGAUUUUGUUGAAAAUGGCGAUUGUUUUUGGGUCUUUUGAGCUUCAACAAGCUUUUUCGAAAGCGGAGGGAAUUUUCGACAGUUUCUGGGGUUUUUGGGUGUAUCAGAUUGAUUGAAAUUUCGAGCAAGCUGAUGGAUUUAUCUGGAUAUUUUUGCUUUUAGUAUGGCUGAAGCAGAAAGAGCUAUGGAAUUUAAAAUGCAUGUGGAAAGCAACAGAACAAACACGGCAGUGGACAUUGGACAACGUAUGGGUGAGAAUGAAAUUGGAGAAAGUAUGGCCUUAAAGGAGUUUAAUGCAUGCACCGUAGAUGCAAAUCUCGAACCAUAUAUGGGCAUGGAGUUCGAAUCUGAAGAGGCUGCAUUCUCAUUCUAUAAUGAAUAUGCUAGGUGUGUGGGAUUUGGUGUUCGUAAAAGAUCCACCCGUUAUUCAAAGCGGGACAACAGAUUAAUUGCUACUCAGUAUGUAUGUUUCAAGGAGGGUUUCAAACAGCAGAGGGAAACAGUCAAGAACCCACGACCGAUUAUAAGGGAAGGUUGCCCGGCAACGAUUAAAGUAAAGAAAGCAGACUCUAAGAAAUGGGUUGUUCAUUUUGUUGAAAAGGACCAUAACCAUGCGCUACUUAGUCCAACCGAUGUGCAUAACCUUCGAUCACACAGGAAGAAAUUGGAUUUCGAAACCUGUGUGGUUAGUGACAAAUUGGAUGAAAGUUCUGCUCUGAUUACAUUCGAAGGAGAUGCAAAUGUAGAGCCAUCUGUGGGUAUGGAGUUCGAAUCUCUAGGGACUGUUUAUUCAUUCUAUAAUGCAUAUGCUAGGCAUAUGGGCUUUGGCAUCCGUAAAACAUCCACUCGUUACUCGAAGCGUGACAGAUCAUUAAUUGCCAUCCGCUUUGUAUGUUCUAUAGAGGGUUUUAAGCAGAGUAAUGGGAAAGUGGAGAAUACACGGAUAAUCACAACGGAAUGCAAGGCAAUGAUUAGUGUAAAGAAAACAAAUUCUGGGAAAUGGUUUAUUCAUGCUGUUGAGAAGGACCAUAACCAUGAACUUUGUCCCAACAAAGUGCAUUGCUUUCGAUCACAUAGGAAACUGCAAAAAAAUGCAAAGUGCUCUAACAACACUUCUCAUGCUUCAGGAUUAAGACUGAAGAAGCUGACUCCUGUCUCUGGCAAACAAUCCAACACAAAGAUUACUAAUUCUGAGUUCGCCAAUGAUGCCGGUAAAAACCGUAUUGAGCAGAUGUGGCCGUUGACCUUUCCAAGAGGAGACAUUAAGGCUCUCAUUGAUUAUUUCAAGCAUAUGCAGGCCGAGAAUGCGUCCUUCUUUUACGCAAUAGAAAUUGAUGAAGAAGAGCAUAUAAGAAAUAUCUUUUGGGCUGAUUCUAAGUCGAGGAUGGCUUCUAAUUACUUCAGCGAUGUAGUCACCUUUGACACUAUGUAUUUGGAGAAAAAAUAUCACGUGCCAUUUGCUCCAUUUGUAGGAGUGAACCACCAUGGGCAGUCUGUGUUACUUGGUUGCGCACUGCUUGCAGAUAAGACCAUAUCGUCAUUUAUUUGGAUUUUCCAAACAUGGGUUGCAUCAAUGAAUGGGCGGUAUCCAAUAUCUGUAAUUACUGAACAUGAUAGGACCAUACAAGCAGCAGUGGCGGAGGUGUUCCCAGAAACCCAUCAUCGUUUAUGCAUGUUUCACAUCCAAAGAAACAUUACCAAAAGAUGGGGUCAUGUAUGCAAAGAACAUUGGAAUUUUAAAGCUGAAUUUGAUAAAUGCGUCUACCAGACCGAGACAGUUGAUGAAUUUGAAACAAGAUGGGGGUUGCUUCUUGAUACGUUUAAUCUUAGGGAAGAUGAGUGGCUGAAGAUUUUAUAUGAAGAUCGCCAACAGUGGGUCCCAGUAUACUUGAAAGGUAAAUUUUUUGCAGGAUUAUCUACUAGCCAGGGAAGUGAAGGUAUUAACUCUUUCUUUGAUGGGUACGUGAAUGCAGAGUCCACUUUAAAAGAGUUUCUUGAACAGUAUGAUACUGCCCUGCAGAGUCGGUAUGAUAAGGAAUCUCUGGCUGAUUUUGAGAUGAUGCAAACCAAACCCAAUUUGAGGACAACAACUCCUUUUGAGAAACAAGCGGCAAAUGUCUAUACAGCAGAAAUUUUCAAGGUAUUUCAAGUCGAGAUUUGUGAAGCUAUUGGUUACUAUGAAAGGAAAAUCAAGGAGAAUGACACAGUCAUAACUUAUAUGGUGGCCAAAUUUGGUGAAGAGAAGACUUACACUGUCACAUUAAAUGCUCCUGAAAUGAGAGUUGCUUGUAGCUGCUGUAUGUUUGAAUUUGUAGGCAUUCUUUGUAGACAUGCAUUAAGAGUCCUCAGUGCAAGAGGCGUCUUAUUAAUCCCACCCCAUUACAUUUUGAAACGUUGGACAAAGGAUGCCAAGAGCAGGCUUGGAUUGAAUGAGCACGCUGUUAGAGCACAAAGAGAUUACUCUCAAUCUAUGAUCUUGCGGUACAACGAUCUAUGCCAGUUAUCUGUUAAACUCGCUGAGGAAGGGGCGUUGUCUAUUGAAAGUUACAAUGUGGCCUUGCAUGCUUUUCAAGAAGCAUUAGAGAAAAUUGUCUCUGCGAACAACUCCUACGGAGCUUGCACAUCCUGACCUUCAUGCUGGUAAUCAUCAAUACAGAAUCGUGGAAGUCACUGGAGCAUGUAAUAUUUCUGACCAAUCAACUUAGCAGGAUCCCCAGCACUUGAUGUCAAAAGGUUGCCUUCCGUCUAAGAGAGUAAAGCCUGGAUUGGAGAAAUCAUCAUCUAAGGUGAAGGUCAGGUUUUGUAGUAAAUGCAAGAAGACCGGUCACAAUACUUGCACCUGCAAGGAUCCUCUUCACGAUGUUCAGGUGGAUGAUCUCUCUUUCAAGCUUGAAUAUGUUCAUCCAUAUCUCAAUGACAUCCACAAUCAUCGCAACCGGACCUUCCAUGCAAGCAGAAGAAACCGAGUCCCAUAUUCACAGGUGGACCAGGGUGGAUGAAGUUCCAGCAAUAUGGGUUGAUAGAGUGGGCUUCAAAGCCAAUAUCAAA